UAACUACAGUUAUCAGCUCAUAAAGUUGAGCAGUCCAGCUUUUCUUACUGUGAAGAUAAAUUUCUCACCGCCACACCCUGUUUGUCUGUAGUGAGCCUGUUAGGGCCAUUUCCUUUUCUAUAAGGGUUUACAUUUCCCCCGAGGUGCUCUCAGAAAGAUCGGGCAUGGCAUAAGAAGGAGUAGAUCGCAUAUUUUAAUCAUGACAAAGCACUGGCACAUGGUGUAUCUGUGGGGUGUUUGGCACUUCCAGACCCUUAAUGUAGCAGCUUUCAACCUGGACACUGAGAAUGUUCUGCAGAGAAAUGGAGAUCCGGGAAGCCUGUUUGGAUUUUCUGUUGCCUUUCACCAGCAGCUGAGCCCUGCCAGAAAGAACCUAUUGCUAGUUGGAGCUCCACGAUCAAAACACCAGAAGCAGGUGAACAUUACAGGUGUUGUUUACCAGUGUGACCUGACCACAACAUCUGAGCACUGUCAGCCCAUUGAGUUUAAUAGUGAAGAGUUCCUCAAUAGUAAAGGCAUUAACGAUCAGUGGAUGGGAGUUAGAGUGACGAGCCAAGGUCCUGGUCAAAAUGUAAUGACUUGUGCUCAUCGAUACCAGCAGUGGAGUCCAAACCCAAGCGUUGAUGUCCCUCGCCUGGUGACGGGUCAGUGCUAUCUCUUAGGAGAUGACCUGAAGGUUGGGAAGGAAGAGAGGACGUGGAGGAGGGUCGUUUGUGAUUCUGAGCACCUCACCAGACGUCGCAAGGACCAUGAGUGGUUUGCGUACUGCCAGCAGGGUCACGGAGCAUCUUUCGCAAAGGACAAUAGGACACUGUUGUUUGGGGCACCUGGUGCUUAUCAGUGGAAAGGAAUUGUACGACAGGAACUCUUGGACAACCUGGACAUCUUGGGUGAAGAUCCUCGUGAAACUGGGGAUAUAGACCUGUUUAACCAGAGGCUCAUUCCACUUCAGAGAAACAGCUACCUGGGAUUCUCCAUUGACUCUAGUAUGGGCCUGAUCAGGAAAGGUGAGCUGACGAUCGUUUCCGGAGCACCCAGAGGAGGCUACAGUGGCCAGGUGGCAUUUCUUAAGGCGGAUCCUGUGGCAAAGAGAAGUUUGUCUGUGGAGUUAGUCCUCUCUGGUCCGGGCCUGGCCUCCUCCUUUGGCUAUGAUGUGGCAGUGGUAGAUGUCAAUAGUGACGGAUGGGACGACCUUGCUGUAGGAGCACCACAGUUCUUUGUCAAAGAUGGUUCGGUCGGAGGAGCAGUUUACAUCUAUAUUAACAACAAAGGAAAAAACUGGGGGGAUGUUGUUCCAACGCAGCUUCUUGGACAUGAAGACUCCAUGUUUGGCUUCGCAGUGGAAAACAUAGGAGACAUCAACCAAGACGGUUAUGGAGAUAUUGCCGUGGGGGCACCAUAUGAUGGAUCUGGUCAAGUAUAUCUCUACUGUGGCUCAACAGAUGGUAUCAACAAAAAGCCAGCACAGGUACUCUCACCAGGAUCCAAAAGAACUACUCUGUUUGGAUAUUCUCUGUCUGGCAACUUGGACGUGGAUGACAAUCAGUACCCUGAUUUGGCUGUGGGAUCUCUCUCAGAUUCUAUUUUUGUUUACAGAGCAAGGCCAGUGGUCAGUGUGAGCAUCUCUCUACAGGUGACACCAAGCGAAAUAGACAUCGCAAAAGAACAAUGUGAUAAACGCACAUGUUAUUUUGCAGCUCAGGCGUGCUUCACCUACACAGCACAUCCGGCAUCGCUCAACCCCAAACUGAUGGUCAACUACACCUUUGAGGGUGAUGCUGAGAGGAAGAAACUGAGUCUUCAUCCCAGAGUCGACUUUAUGGGUUCAUCUCAAGGAAGAGUGGAGCUGCCAGGACAAGGGACAAAAAUCUGCACUGACACCAAGCUCCGACUUCUGCGUGAUUUCAAAGACAGUCUGCACAGCAUCCCCGUCUCUGUCACUGUGUCUCUGCUGAGCUCCAGUCAAACAACCAGGACGAGUGCAGAUCUUCCCAACGUUACUCCUGUCCUCAACCUCCACCAGCAGAUGAGCUCUGUCUCAGAGAUUAACCUAAUAAACAAGGGCUGUGGCAGCGACAACAUUUGCCAAAGUAACCUAGAGUUACAGUACAAGUUCUGUUCCAGAAAAAUACAAAAUGAUCAAAAUGUUUUCACGUCACUGCCCAGAGAGGAUGGCGUAGCAGUCAUCACGCCCUCUGAUGAAGACAUAGGUUUAGAAAUCACUGUGACUAACAGAAAUGGGGAUGACGCACACCAGAGUCACGCAAGCAUCAUGCUCCCAGAGACUCUGCAUUACUCCUCCAUUGUCUACAAUGCCGCAGCAGAAACACAAGUGAGUUGUACAGCCAACGACAAAGGAACACAAAUAGACUGUGAACUGGGAAAUCCUCUCCAAAGAGAUGCUGAAGUUACUUUUUAUGUCAUGCUCACAACGUCUAGCAUUUCACUGAAUACAAAAUAUGUCAACGUCAGCCUGCAGCUUGAAACGACAAGUGUGCAGACCAUACAACCAGUGAAGGCAUUAGCCAAAGUGGUUUUUGUGCUGCAGCUUCAGGUAUAUGGACUAGCCAGGCCUUCCCAAGUGUCACUUGGUGAAAGCUUGAUGGGUGAAAGUGCCAUAAAGUCAGUGGAUGAAAUUGGAAUGCCGGUUAAUUAUGAUUUUAGGAUAACAAAUUUGGGCAGACCGCUCAAAUCUUUCGCCAAUGCAUCUUUAAACAUCCACUGGCCAAAAGAGAAUUCUGUAGGAAAAUGGGUCCUGUACUUGACUCAGAUCACCAGUAAAGGUGUACAGUCCGUCCUCUGCUCACCUGUUAGUGAAGUCAAUCCACUUAAACAUGCAAAGGGUUGGCAUGACUCCUCAAGGAAAAGACGUGAAGCUGAACAUGAAGCCCUCUCUACUGAUGGGUUCUCAUUUCUUCCAACAAGAAGGAAAUACAAAACCCUGACCUGCUCAGAUGGACUGAAGUGUGUGGAGAUACGCUGCCCUCUGCUGGGCCUGGAUAGUACGGCAGUGGUGUCUUUACAUUCACAACUCUGGAACACAACUUUUACUGAGGAUUACAGCUCUUUGAAUUAUCUUGACAUUGUUGUGGAUGCCACCCUCAGUUUAACCAACUCUCCUGAGAAUAUUGGACUUAAACCAGAGAAGCCUGGGACGAAGGUGAGACUGACAGUGUUUCUUGAGAGAAAGACUGAAUACUUCACCACUGUUGCCUGGUGGAUAAUCUUCCUAACAGUCAUUGCUUUGCUCCUGUUGUUGGCAGUCUUUGGCUACCUGUUGUGGAAGCGUGAAUGCACCAGCUGUCUUCCGGAUAACAAGAAGCCGUCACACAAAGAUCCAAACUCGGAGACCGCUCCUCUAAAAGGCUAAAAGGAGAAACAACAGGCGGCCUGAUGCCUCAGUGACUCCAGCAUGACAGAAAACCUCCACUUCCAGACUGUUAUAACCAGCUAUCUCCACAUGGGGGCAACAGUGACCACAAAAGGCAAAGACAACAAAGAAACCACGGAGAAGGUGAGCCCGCUGGUUGCCG